AUGGACGAAUGCUUGAACGAAUAUAUUCAAACUGCGGAAGAAUCACUCGAACUGUUACAAGAAUUGCUAGCCGAAAUUAAAGUACACCAAGACAGGUGCAUUGGUUUACAAGAAAUGGGCAUAACGUUUUCAGUUCUUGGUGGAAUAAUUACCAUCGCAAGUAUUGCUUUAGCACCAGCUACUGCUGGGGCCUCCCUUGUUGGUGUUGGUUAUGGUAUAGCUACAGGUGCCGCAGGAGCAGUUACCAAAGCAGGAGAAGCCGUUGCUGACAUGAUCUUCACAAAGAAUUACUCCGGCGAACUACUUCAAAUCGAUAGUCGUCUAGAAGAUGUUGCAAAAAGGUUCUACGAGUACGUGGAUCAAAUUGAAGCUGAAGCUGCACGCAUUAUCAAGGAAGAUGGUGUGCAGGAAGAGGAAGGUUGGAGACAGGCUAUGGUACUAUUAUUAACUACUGGAAAGAUAGCCUGGAAAGGCAAGCAAGUUACCGGCAUUGCUUUAAACAUGGGGCCGACUACGGGCUCAACGUUGUUAAAGAAUGGAGUCAACAAAAUGGGCUUUGAUGUUUCGAAACGAGUAGCGUUCAGUGCGGUCAAAAGUGCUACAGUCGUUCUUAAUGCCGCUUUUAUUUUCUGGGAUCUCAAAUCUGUGGCUGGCAUUAUUAACAGUGAUCACAUCCUUGCCGAACCUGUGGAGACGCAAAUUGUUCUACAACAGUUCAAAGAUUUACUUAAUGAAUCUAUAUCUAAACUACAUCAACGAUACUUUGGUAAAUACUUUACUGAUGAUAUAAGUACUAAAACACUUACUAUCAAUGAACUUGAUCGAUUAUUUCAGUUAACAUCUUUACUUACUAAAAGAAUUUUAAUAGUAUUUAAUUUAAAUAAAUCAUAUGAAAAAAAUUCGAUAUCAGGUAAAGAUAUUCGUUCAUUUUAUGAACAAUAUCUAUCAGAAGUUAAAUAUUUUAAAGAUGAAAAAGAAAUAUUUUUGCAAGAAUUUUUUUCGUUAAAUAAUGAAAAUCAACAAAAACAAGAAUUAAAUUUUGAACAAUUUUAUUAA